GAACCCGUUGAAGAUGCCAUAUCAAUUUAAUUCUGAUUAUAUUUAAACUGACUGCUUUUACAGCGGAGCAGUCCAGUUUCGUAUCGUACCUCAAUCAUAAUGGAAGUCAAUCUUCUUCAUGUGGGAGUUCUGGUGGCGAUUUUCGCUUACCUUUACCGUUGGCUAACGCGCAACAAUGACUACUUCCACGAUAAACCGAUUCCGUCGUUGGCCGUAACACCGUUUCUGGGCGCUUCGGGACCUCUCCUGCUGCGAAAGGUCACCUUCAACGAUUUCGUCCAGACGAUGUACAACAAAUUUCCCGGUGUGAAAGUCUUCGGAAUGUUCGAAACGAUUACCCCCUUCUUCGUGAUCCGCGAUCCAGAAUUGAUCAAACAAAUCGGCAUCAAGGACUUCAACAACUUCGUGGAUCAUCGUCCGACAUUCGGCUUGGACGACGAGCAAUCGAAUCAUCCGAAAGCGCUGUUCCGCAAGACGUUGUUCGCGAUGAAUGGCCAACGGUGGAAGGAUAUGCGAGCGACGUUGAGUCCGGCCUUCACGGGGAGCAAAAUGCGACAAAUGUUCUCCCUGAUGGGUGAAUGCUGUGAGGAAAUGAUGAACCACUAUCUGAGUGAGGCGAAAGGCACGGGACGGGUGGCGGUGGAAAUGAAGGAUUUGCUGAGUCGGAUCAGUAUCAAUGUGAUUGCUUCGUGUGCUUUUGGGAUUAAGGUGAACUGCUUUAAGGAACAGGAACACGAGUUUAUGUACCACGGCAAAAAGAUGAUGGGUUUUGGACGACCGAUAGUGAUCAUUAGAAUGUUGUUCAUGAGAAUCUUUCCAAAGUUUGCUUCCAAAUUUGGAAUUGACCUGUUGGAUCGAGAGCAAGCCGAUUAUUUUACGCAGGUAUUCCUGGAGACGAUUAAUGUUCGUGAAAGUAAGAAAAUCCUGCGGCAUGACAUGAUUGAUCUGCUGCUGCAGGCUCGCAAAGGCAAUUUGAAAUACCAGGAAGAGAAGGAGGAUCAGGAAGGUUUCGCCACCGUUCAGGAGUCAGAUGUUGGCAAAGGGGAAGGUGUAAAGAACAUGUCUGAUGCAGAAAUGAUUGCGCAGUGUUUGAUAUUUUUCCUAGGUGGGUUCGAUACCGUUUCUUCCUGUGCUGUGUUCACUGCGUAUGAGUUACUUCGUAAUCCGGAUGUGCAGCAGAAACUAUACGAGGAGAUCCAACAAACGGAUAAGGAACUCAAUGGAAAGCCACUGAGCUAUGACGCCCUACAGAAGAUGAAGUACAUGGAUAUGGUGGUUUCGGAAGCCUUGAGAAUGUGGCCUUUGGCACCGGCCGUUGAUCGAUAUUGCACUCAAGACUACACCCUCGAUGAUGGUCAGGGUUUAAAAUUUACGAUCGAUAAAGGAACAUGCGUUUGGUUCCCAGCAUCUGGGUUGCAUCACGAUCCUCAGUAUUUCCCAAAUCCGGAAAAAUUCGACCCGGAGCGGUUCAACGAUGAAAACAAGGGAAAUAUCAAUCUGGGAGCGUAUAUUCCAUUCGGAAUCGGACCAAGAAACUGCAUCGGCUCGCGGUUUGCCCUGAUGGAAGUUAAAGCCAUAAUGUAUUAUAUUCUGCGCAAGUUUUCAUUCGUCAGAGGAACAAAAACCCAAAUACCGAUCCAGCUGAGAAAGGGUUUUACUAAUGUGGGCCCACAAGACGGAAUGCAUUUGGAUCUUAAAUUGCGGUGAAUCAAGGGGAAAUCACUAUAGAUAAGAUACAAAUCAAAUACUUUUUUCAAUGUUUAAUUUAGAUAAGAGGCAAAUAUCUAUAUCUCGCGUAUCGUGAGAUAAGAAAUUAUUAUGGCGAAUAAAGAUGUUUUGUACCGUUUGGAAAAAUA